CUCAGAAUAAGACAACAAGGGAAAUCAAUUGAAAAAAAAUUGCAGCUGAUUGAAAUAAUAUUAAAUUUAUGUUUUUCUUUGAAAGUUUCCAAAUAUAGCUCAUAUUCUACUAAUUCCCAGUUUGCCAGUACAGUUUGAGAAUAAAUACUAAAAUAAAAUAACAUAUCUGAAAUUAGAUCGUACUUAUUAUAAUAGUCUACAUGAAGAAAAUACAGCUCGAACAUUUUUUUCUAGUUGUUUUUCUUAAUUAUUUGACCUUAACAAUAUCAACAAAUUGCAUCUCCUUUGCAUAAAGUCACGAAGAAAUGGUAAAACUUUUCCAACAUAAGAACACAAGAUGCAUCCAGUAAAAAAAACUUACUAACGACUUCUUCACGGCACACUCAUUAUGAGGUUACAUGGAAAAGAUACCCAGUACGACCGGGAAAAGAAGGACCACAGCAGAAUGGUACCACCGCCGCUCACUGAUCCGGAACGGACGAGAACCGGCCUGACGAAGAAUAUGUGCAACCCGAAGUGAACGGGGUCUCAAAACUAUCCAUGGGCGCUAACAUUCAGACAUGUUUCCCGUGAGUGUGGAGGCGGAAGACGCAUUUCACGCAACGUGAUUUGUGUACUCGCUUCUGCUCUGUGUUCGUCUUUUACUUUACUUUUCUUUUGCCAGCCCAUUUCAAUGCCAGUUUCGCCUGUGAUCCCCAAACGACCUGUGCUGCACCUGCACCAAGGGCUCCCAAAAAGGAAGGGAAUGUCGUCAGGUUGCGGUGGCGCUGCCAAACCAACCAAAUCCCGGUCUGCUACACACAGCAACCAUACCGGAUUGCUUUGGCCCUUACAAUAAAAUGCCUCCCCCUGUGUGUUUGUGUGCCCUGGAUCUGGGGGGUGGAAGAUGUACCACAAAAUGGAACUGGAAAUACAAAAAAAAAAAGGUACGACUGCAAUCGGCCCCAUAAACGGGAGGGGUGGUACAUCAUCCCCAUGUUAGGAUGCACGCUGGGAAAAGCUUCCCUCCCGCUUUUUCAUGGUGCGGUUGUUGAUUUCGGUUCGGAGGUGGAUACCACUUUCGGUCCGCAGAGCUUCAGUCUACAAAUGACUUUCGACGACGGAACUCUUCGUAUGGUGCUUAUGCGAUCCACCGCCAGUGGCCCUAAGUUAAACGACGACAGUGCGUGGUUUUAUGAUAACCUAGUGUUUUAUUCGCUGCAUGACGCUAACAUUAAAAUAGUGUUGUGAAAAGUUGUGUGAUCAUCAAUUGUGUGAAAAACAAAAAAUCCCAAAAAUUGUACAAGUGAAUCAGUUUACCAAAACAUUGAAAUGUGUCGUCAGUUCUGGAUCUUUCUGUUAUGUUUCUCUACGUCUGAUUUUGUUUUAGGACGUACAAGAACCAUUCGCAAUCUGUAUGGACAACGAUGUGCUAAUCGUUUGGAAUCGGCCCUUGACACUACACUGCGCCGUAGUCAACAACGCUCCGGUUCCAGCGUAAGCCUUUUUUACACGCUAAUCCUUAUUUCCGAUACAUACAUGAACGCGCCGGUUGUACUAAUUCAUUUUCCCCUACGGUUCCUUCCUAAGUCGAUUAUAGAUUUCUCCGACAACGGACCAUCGCACAGGCCGACAUUAUUUGAUGCUGCUGGACAACGGUCACCAUUCAGCAGCAACAAUUACAACGAAGAAAUUCAACAGAUCGUCUCCGAGUACAAGCAUAAGCUUAGCAACCCUUCCAGUAGUGGUUCCUCACCUUCUUACUUUCAACCAUCCAGUUCCACAAACACGCUGGCCGCCGCACAAGUCGAAGUGGCCAAUUUAAGAGUAAGAAUUCCACAAAACCAUCACUGGGUAGUGGUCGAUCGAUGUCAAUUCAUCGAACACAACCGGACGCUGGACACGAAACUCGAGUUCCCCGAUCUGCAAAUAAGCGGACGCGUUAUCAUGCAUCCGUCCGGUGGCCGUUGCGAUAUGAUUUUACGGCUGCGUCGUGCGGGCAUUGAAUUUCGUACCAUACCCCUGAUACCCUCGGGUGUCGGUGAACGAAGCCGCCAGGCGAACGUGCGCACGGAUUCACAUUUCUCCGAACCUGGCUUCAUAUCGGUUUUUGCGCACAGUUGCGAAGGACCGAGCGGUAUAAAGUAUCGGAUUAACUCGAAACGGCGUCACUUCUUCAAUCGCCAACCGGUAACGUCACCUUCGUACUAUGGGCGAGAUCGACGAAGAUCGCUCGACUACCUCGAUGAAGAUCUGGUCGCCAACAACGACGGACUGAACGAUGUGUUUAAGCUUAAUGAUGGUGAUGCCCUGUUCCUGUCGCCGUCCACCUUCGUCAACAUUGAUGGAGAAGAUCAAGAUGGAUUCGGACCGGGUGGCCCAAGCGCCAGUCAGGAUCCGAACAGUAGAACAUUCUUUGCGGAAAGAAACCCUUUCUCCUAUUCGGCUUAUGGUGGACCUCCAAACAAUUACGCAAACGAGCAUGCCAACCCGGACAAAGGCUGGCAAAAUGUAGAAACGAACGAAGCGUUGGAUGAUGCAUAUUCGAAUGAAAUUGAUAACCUCUUUUCGAAGGGUGUGCGUGGCCUCCUUACCACGUACAUGCAAAAAGCCCUCCAGCCCGCGAUCAAGGAAACGCUAAUGGAAAGCAUGGGAUAUACACUGUCGUAUGGUUAACUCG